CAUUCCCAUUGCUUCCAUUGGUUCUCGUUCACUUUCGUUCCCCUCGUGUUCAGUUCUGACACGUGCGGUGGAAUUUGUUUGUUUUUCUUCAGUUUUAGUUGAUUCUCAGUGUAAAAGAACAGACCAUCAUGUCUAUGUACAAUUUUAAAAAGAUAGCGGUCAUACCGACUGCAAAGGACUUCAUCGAUAUUAUAUUAUCGAAAACGCAACGUAAAACUCCGACCGUUGUCCACAAGCAAUACAAGAUCUCCAGGAUCCGCAGCUUCUACUUGAGGAAGAUCAAGUACACCCAACAAAAUUUCCAUGAUCGUCUCACUCAGAUCUUGUCAGAGUUCCCCAAGUUGGAUGAUGUUCAUCCAUUUUAUGCCGACCUGAUGAAUGUUUUGUAUGACAAAGAUCAUUACAAAUUGGCUUUGGGACAACUGAACACUGCUAGACAUUUGAUUGACAAUGUUGCAAAGGACUAUGUACGCCUAUUGAAAUAUGGAGAUUCAUUGUACAGAUGCAAACAAUUGAAAACUGCUGCUCUUGGACGUAUGGCUACUAUCAUGAAACGACAGGCUUCAAAUUUAACAUAUUUAGAACAAGUAAGGCAGCAUUUAGCGCGUUUGCCCUCAAUUGAUCCAUAUACAAGAACAAUCAUCAUUUGCGGAUUCCCUAAUGUUGGCAAAUCGUCUUUCAUUAACAAAGUUACCAGGGCUGAUGUUGAAGUCCAGCCGUAUGCCUUCACCACAAAAUCAUUAUAUGUUGGACACACAGACUACAAGUAUCUACGUUGGCAAGUCAUUGAUACACCUGGAAUCUUGGAUCAUUCUUUGGAAGAUCGUAACGUCAUUGAAAUGCAGGCCGUUACAGCUUUAGCUCAUCUUAGAGCAUGCGUCUUAUAUUUCAUGGACCUUUCUGAGCAAUGUGGCCACACAAUUGAUGAACAAGUAAGAUUGUUCGAAUCAAUUAAACCGCUCUUUGCAAAUAAACCUCUGCUACUUGUAGCAAAUAAAGUGGAUAUUGUUUCACUGGACGAAUUAAGUCCAGAACGCAGAGCGACUUUGGCUGAAAUCGAAGCCGAUCCCGAAUUGGAUGUUUUAGAAAUGUCGACUGUAACAGAUUUAGGUGUAAUGGAUGUUAAAAUGAGAGCCUGCGAGAAAUUGCUUAGCUUCAGGGUGGACCAGAAAAUGAGGUCAAAGAAAGUAGAUGGCAUUUUGAACAGAUUACAUGUGGCUGUCCCUAAACCUAGAGAUAAUGUUGUCAGGGCCCCAUCUAUACCAGAAUCGGUAAUGAAGAAAAGAGCAGAAGCCGGUGAUAAAAAGAAAAGGAAAUUGGAGCGUGAUAUCGAACUUGAGGAAGGCGAUGAUUAUAUUCUGGAUUUGAAUAAGCACUACACAGAUAUCCCAGAGGAAGAAAGAUAUGAUGUUAUACCAGAGUUUAUUGAAGGUCAUAAUGUUGCGGAUUAUAUUGAUCCAGAGCUGUUCGAGAGAUUGGAAGAGCUUGAGCGCGAAGAAUCGAUCAGAGAAGAAACUGGUAUGUAUGUUGUGCCGAAGAUAGAAUUGGAUGCUACAAUGAAGGAAAUUAAGGCACUCGCCGAACAAAUAAGAAACAAGAAGGCCAUUCUGAAGAGUGAGGCAAUGGUCCAAAAGCACUGUAAGAAACCAGUCAUGCCACGCACAAGUACGGCCAAGGUACGUGGUAGGAAUAUUAACAAAUUGCGUAAAGAAAUGUCUGAGUUGGGCGUUGAUAUGAAUGGAACCGAAGAUGCACACUUCACCAGGACAAAGGGAAGAAGCAGGUCUUUGGGACCGGUAGCGAAGAGAUCCAGGAUGGAAGUGGACGUUACCGAGAAUAAGAACAAGAACAGAGCUGUUUCAAGAACGCCACGUAAUGAAAUGGGUAUUAAGGAUGUAGCAAUGAAGAAUAAGUUAGCCCAAAUUGCUCACAGGGCAAUUGCUAAGAAAGUCGGUCGCAUGGGUCUUAAGGGAGAAGCCGACAGGUUCAUCGGCACAAAGAAACCCAAGCAUUUGUUCUCCGGCAAACGCGGUAAUGGCAAAACUGAUAGACGUUAAGAUAUUUUUUUUUACAUUGUUCAAUUCAACAAAAUAUAAU